AGUGCCUAUCUCAGCCCUCUCAACUCCCGCAUUCCGACCGGCUGUGAUGCCGUGCUCUAGCAACUCGUUCCCGCUAGCUUGUCCGCAUGUGCGGUCUAGUGGAGGGGACAAAACGAAUCGCUGGACACCUUGAUGGCGGUCUUCUCCUGGAACACAUACUCAAUCCCCAAAAAUGCCUUCUAUCGUCGUGAUCGGACAUCUCGCUGCGGCUUCAAAAGAGGCUAAGCAAAAGCUCAUCGAUGCACUCACCAAAGUCGGCCACUACUCGCAAGCCCAGGAGCCUGGAGUUGUCAGAUACGCCGUGACAGUUUCUAUUGAUCCCCAGGAUGAAUUAUCCGUCUACGCUAUCGAAGAAUAUGCCGACCAGGCCACAGUCGAUGCUCACCUGGCUUCUGAUGCGGUCCAGGAUUUGAUAAAGACCUUCACCACGGACACUUCGCUGUUCGCUGCCCCUACGAGAGUCUACACAACGGAAACUGCCUUUUCCUUCACCAGACCAGAAAGCAACAAGGCGAGCAAUCCUUUUAUUGUAUUCGCGACACUCGAUUAUAAGGAGGGGACCAGAGAGGGCGCAUUCGACGGCUGGAAAGCCGUCACGUCGGAGAGCCAGAACAACGAGCCAGGCACAUUGGCAUACGCAAUCCUAAAAGACAAGGAGCAGGAGAACACCAUUAGGACCAUCGAGGUGUACGAGAGCGAGAAAUAUCUCUGGGAUGUCCAUGCGAAGAGUGCAGCUGUGACCAACAAUAAGGCAAAGUAUGGCGAUAUCAGGACAAAUCUAAAGUUUGCAUUCCUUAAAGUUGUAGCAGGCUAUCUCCACAAAGAGAGGCCGUCUUCCAACCUAUAAGAAUCCCGUGUACAUCAUAGAAGUCUAUACAAAGCUAUACGAAAUCUCUGCGC